UUCUCGGUGAGUCAUGACGUGUUUUUCGUUGCUCCGGUGAUCUCUGGUUCUUCAACACUUUUUCUUCAUUUGAAGUAGAAGGAAAAACGGACAUUCGAUUCGUCCUUACGCGAAGAGUGCGAUUUGUAACCGUCCUUGCCCAGACGUUUGGGAAAGAGGCGCUGAAAUAAAGGGUAAAUUUCAGUCACACCACGUAAGGGGACCAUACUUGGAAAGGUCCGCCAUCUUGUCGAGCUCUGAGGAAAAGAAUAAAGCAAUCAUCUACGGUCUGUUGCCUUGGGGCUGCUAAUCGGUUCAAACGAAAAGAGAACGCCCGCAGCUGGUUAACAUAAUUGACUGCGCCUCAGUCGAUAAACGUGCACGCCUAUACUAAGCUAUAGACAUUAUUUGGAGAGAAAUUCAUAAUUGCAAAUAUAUUAUUGUUGCCAUAGAGUGGUUUCCCUUUGUCACCGAUGGCGAAGGUCGCCCCGUACACGUAGAGAGAAGGUCGUAUUACGUGCAAGCGUUCAAUGAAAGUGGUGCGAUACGGGGCGAGCAGGGAACCACCUAAGUUAUUUCCAUCAUCAUAAUCAAUGGUUUUGUUGGGCGCGCUACAUGUGCCACCCGCCGUACAAAGUUCCCGACGAUUAUAAGUGAGUAGGAUAAGCUAGGACCGCAAGUUACAGUAAUGAUUUAGUUGAAAAAGUGAAAGUUUUAAUAAUUCGAGCAUGUACAUGUCGGUCGAAUGCAACCGUAAGGACAAAAUUGAUGGUGAAAUAAUACUGCGCAUUAACGCGCUGGCUGGCUGUGUGGUUGGCUGAUGAGCCACGCGUCGGCCCCAAUCGGUAGCGCUAGCGGAAACGCCCCUAAAUUUGCUACCUCACAGCUUUCAAUGUGAAACACCAAAUGUCAUGUGCUUGCCGUCAUCGACCCCCUUCGGGAACGUACGUACGUUUAGUUUCGCGAAAAAGACGCUUGGUGGCGCUGCAGCAAUACAGUACCUACCCGUUCAAUCCACGGUAUCAUCGUCGUUUUUUUACACCGCAAUUAAACUCGAAAGUCUCUCACCACAAAUGGUGAACCUUAGUCACGCGAAGAACCAGACACCAAACAAAUAAACAAUAUCAACGUCGUAAAACUUAUCCGGAGCGGCCUGUGUAGGAUGCAUUGUGGACUCCAUAGCGUACUUCGCCAGGAAGCCCAUGGAUGCUAUUAGCAGCAGUAGGUGAUAUUAAUGAAUAAUAAACGGAAAGGGAGUUUUCUCUAGCAAAUACCACAAGCAUCAAAAAUCCGAUCCGAGACCUUUGAUAUAUCGUACAAAAUCAUACGAUUGCAGCAGCAAAUCUACGGCUUCAGCAAUGCCGCGUAUCGAUCCGAUGAAACUGUUGGUGUGUCUGAGCGUGCUGCUCGCACCAAAUGGUGGCAUACGUAAUGCGGGAGAAGUGAGACGGCUAGCAAAUUUGAUGGCCAAGUUUUCGAAAAAAUUAGUCUCAAAAGCCAUUUACAUACAGAUACUAAAGUGCACAGAAACCGAGCUGCUGGGCCAAUUCAUGCAAACCGGUGGCUGGACACUGGUACAUACGUGGCUGGUCGAUGGCAUUGCGUCCAAAAAUUGGCCACUAAUUCAGGAACUGUUGGAGCUACUUCUCUGCUGUCCGGUGGAUGUGGAGAGGUUGAAAAUAAAUAGUACCCCCAGGCUGGUCAAAUCGUUGUCAACGGACAGUGCGCACGAAAGUGUGAAAGUUCUUGCAACGAAGCUGGUCGAACAGUGGUUGUAUAUUGUGAAAGCCCCGAAGCAAUUAUCGCCGAUGGUUCCAAUAAAUCAGUCAGAAUUGUCAGCCGUCACUGGCUUGGCGGGGUUCACUGAGGGAAAGCAACUUAAUUCCGAAGCAAUGAACAGUGCUCUCGCGAUCGGUGGGGUAUUAGCCAAACAAGGUGGAGAUUCCGGUAACGGAACGACGAGUAAUCAUUACCAACAAAAUGGUUAUACAGUGCAUAACGCUAGCAAUAAUGAGGUGGCGCCAAAUGUACAGCAAUCUGACGUUGGCAGAGAUGAUGUAGAUGGCGGUAAAAAAACAUUCCAAACGGCUGGGGGAGAACCGACGUUACCUGUUGUUUCGUCUAAAAAAACUUCCUUGGUGUUGAAGAUUACGACAAAGAAUGGGAAGCAGGUUGUGGCGAAGGUGAUUAAACCGAACAGAAAGCAACAACGUGCUCCUGCGCUGAUGGGUGCGAACGACGCAGCAGGCGAUGAAAAUGACGAUCGGGAUGAGGAUGACGAGGAAGAUGACCAGGAAGAGGUGGUGGUUAAUAUCGAAUCGGGCAAAUCUACUGAUGAACCGGUAACCCCAAACGGGAAGGACGAUCAGCAGGUGACGGAUGUGAAGAAGUUAGACUUACAGAAUGGUGUAGAAAGUAGCAAGGAAAGAAAUUCUUCUUCGUCGAAAGAUAAAGAUCGACAUCAUCAUUCGCACCGUGAUCGGGAGAAGGACCGCAAGGGUAGUAGUAGUAGCGUUAGUCGAUCUUCCUCUUCGAAAUCGUCCAGCAGCAGCAGUAGCAGCAAACACAAAUCUUCAAGCAGCAGUAGUAGCAAAAGCAGUAGUUCGAGCUCUAGUCGCAGUAAGGAUAAAGACCGCCACAGCAGCAGCAGCAGUAGUAGUAGCAAACACAAAAGCUCCUCGUCGUCUUCGUCGUCCAAGUCAAAUAGUAGCGGCUCCAAGAGCAGCAGCAGUAGCGACAAACAUCGAGAUCACAAAGAUAAAUCAAACCAUUCCGCUAGUAGUAGUAGUAGCGGCACUCGAGAUUCCAAAAACCAAUCACAGUCAUUUUCGUCAUCUAAGCUUUCACGCAAAAAUUCGCGUGACGAUAGUGCCGGAGGUGGCUCAAACGACAGUGGUUCGGAAACGAGUAGCACUACUAAUACUAACGCGAAUGGUGCAAAGACGACAAAGUCCGCUUCUGCCUCCGCCCUUCUGAACAAGAAACCGUCGAUUUCAAUCGAGGUCCGCAAUCCGGAAAAUCGCCCCAAGACGGUUAAAACGUACAAUUCCCAGUUUCGCUCACAUGGUCUCAUUGAGGAGGCUCCACCGCCACCAUCGCGGAAGGGCUUGAAGAAACCAUCGUCCACUACUCCUACAACAGCAUCGUCGAACACCACCUCCUCCCCCACUACGAUCGGAUCGACCGCCAUCGGUACGGUAAAGCGCAGCUCACCCAUAUCGUCGGGUCGGGAAACAACUAUGGCGGGAUCACCGGUCGAGAAGAAGCCGAGGGAAGACCCAUUGGAGCGGCCCGGUUCCAUCAAGCUCAUACCACCGAAGCGUCAACAUGCUUUGGUAGAAUCGGAUAUGUUUAUGGAUGCACUGUCGGCCACGCUGCGCAAGGACGUGAAGAAGCGUAAAAGGCGCACGAGCGGUUCGGAGGGUGCUGCUGCUGCUACUACUACCGUGGCCAAUAGCAAGACGGACGAACCAACGACCACCAAUAAACCGGCUAGUGUGGAUGCCGCUGCACCCAAGGUGACUGCACCGGGCAGUCCCACACCGACGACAGCGGAAGAUUCUGCCUCGGAAGCGACGACUCCAACGACACCUACCUCACCAAAGGUCCCAACGAUUGCACCGAUGUCCUUCUACCGGGAUACAUUAGCGGAACAGGAAGAGGAAAAUGGUGCCGAGUCGGUUGAGGAUGGCGCAAAGAAGGAACAAACUGAAAUGGAAAAUAAUGGACAGGAUUGUAAAAAAUCAAAUGCUGACGAUGAAACGGAAGCGGAUGAUGAAGGGCCAUUAUUGAAGAAGCCCAAGCGAGUUAAAUGCGAACUGAACGAGGAUGAUGAGGAGAAAAAGGAUGCAGAAAACAGCGGGGAGAAGACGGGGAAAAAGGAACCGGCCGAAGGCGGUGAUGGCAAUGAUGAGGAAAAGACUGAAUUGAUGGAUGAAGUUAUGAAUGACGUGGAGAAGAAGAUCGCGGAAGAAGCGGAAGGUGUGGUGAAGAAGGAGGAUUCGGAUAAGGAGGAAGAUUUCCCGGCCGAUGGUAAGAAACCGCCCGGUCCGGGUUGUGGACCAGAUGGACCACCCGGUGUGCUCGUGAUCCAUCGUCGCAAGGGUCCGAAGAAGCAGCUGCGCUGGAGAACGGCCGAAGAGCUGGAGGAGGUGCGUUACUUCGAGCUAGACGUAACGGAACGGUGCAAUGUGACGAAGUCAUUCACGGACAUGAAGCAGAUGGAACGGGUGGACGAACGGCAAAAGUUUAUGCUGUCACGGAAGGUUGGUUCCGAGGACAUUAUGGUGGAACGGACAACGUGGCGCCCGUUAGUGCAGGUGGACAAUGUACCACCGUCACCCGAUGGUAACCAAAGCCUGGAGCGUAAUGUGCAACGGCAGCGCGAGCGCGGUUGUCUGCAGGCCCUUUACUUCAACAAGCACAUGAUUCCCGAUUCGGCGAUCGAACCGGAUCCGGCCGACAUUUAUCAGACUGCUGAUCCGGUACACAUUCCGCUGGAGGACGUUACCGGCAAUCCGGAUUCGGUGAACGAUUUCACCAGCGUACCAUGGCCCGAUCCCAAAUCGACACCACCGCACGAAUCGGGCGCAUUUAACUCACCGUUCUUUCCCUCCGAUUUACCGCCAGGGGCUGGUUUUGGUCCGGGAGGGUUCCCUCCACCAUUUGCACCCGGUGCCGCGGCCUCGAUUGGGCCGGGACCUUGGAAUAUGGGAGGGCCACCGAGUGGAGCGAGUGGACCACGGCCAGGCGUUCUUCCGCCGGGUAUGUUUCCGCUUAAUCAACCACCACCCGGUAUGGGACCAUCGGGGGGUGGCGGUGGUCCCGGUGGUAGUCCAAACAUGAUGAACAUGCCACUAAACAUGUCACCGAAUGUGCCUCCGCCGGGAAUGUUCCCGGGCGCGACGAAUUUCAACGCACCACCGCCAGAGUUGGGACUGAUGCAGGGUGGUGGGCCGGAUAUGGGUGGUCGAAGGGGACCGCCCGGACCGGGAGGGGUCGAUUUCCGCAAUGGUCCUCCGCCGCAACAGCAGUGGGUCACUGGCAAUCGACCAUUUGUCGGUGGCAAUAAUCCACCGCGUGGUGGCGCCGGCUUUGGAAACCGUGGAGGACCAGGUAUCGGCGGCAACUGGAACAACCGCAACAAUGGCAACAAUGGAAAUCGAAACGGUGGCGGAGGAGUAGAUCGCGGCCGGAUGGGUGAUGAUGCUCGAGGAAACUAUCGUGGCCAUUGGCUGCAGAACAACCGAGGUCACAAUCGGGGCGGUGGUGGCCGAAAGUGGUAGCACCGGAGGGACUCAAACAGGGACAGCGACGACAGUCCGGAGUAGUGGAUGUCUCAAAAGUUCUCCGUAUCGGAAGGAAUCUACAAAAACGCCUCUGUUUCAAAUCGAUCUCGCACGCCUAUAUUUUGUUUUUGUAGAUGUUUCGUAGAAUGAUUUCAUCUGCUCUGGUUAACUUGUUUUAUGGAAUUAAUAUUAAUGUGCCGUAUAAUAAUAGUGGUAGUAGUAAUAGUAAGCAGUAGUACUAACUCUACUGCUCCACCAGGCUGGAGUGCAAACAGUGGCCAUGUAAGGGCACUUAGUACAUCGCUCGAUUGGUGCGAUAGAAUGAACCACCUAUCGUGUAUAUAUUGUGCAGAACAGAAACUAAGGAACUAAAGAAUGGGAACUCCGUGUGUGUUUCCGGUAGCUUUAGGUGUAUUGAAGAUUGCAGUGCUUAUGGAAGCAAAGCAUUUAAAAUAGCUAAUAGGACACCAAUGGAAGCAGUUUCGAGUCAAUCACAGCUACUGCACGUUAUCUUGUUUGUCAGUUUACUUUUAUUAUCUGAAGUGAAAUGAUAACGAGCAAGCAAUUCAAAAGAAUCUGUAUAUUGCGGAAGCAUUACGAAUCGACAUGCGACAAAAAAUAUGUUUUCGAAACAUUUUUAAUUUUUUGUUGCGACAUAAUGCUUUUUAUGUUCUAGAACAGUAAAUUAAAUGAAGGAAUUUGUACCUAGUUUAUCGUGACGGAUGUAUAGAGAAGAUAAGACCGGUUGCAAAGUUACAAUAAGAAACGGUUAUUAAUGUGGAAACUUAAACUUUGUUUCUUUUUAUUCUACUUAAUAUUAAAACACAACUUGAAGAUGUUGUGCAAGAUAUGGCUUAUAUUACGGAUUAAAAAACUGCAAUCGAAUGUAGGCGAAUUGUGAAAAGAGUUUAGAGAUAAAGCUGCAUAGUGUAAUCUCAUUUAUUGUAUGUACGUACUAUUAUUCCAAUAUACCAACAAUAGCAUAAAAGAGUGUUAGUUUUUGUCAU